AUGCUCCGCACCCUCUUGGCCAUUUUUGUGUUUUUAGGCUUUUCGCAGGCUUUGUUUACUUCUAAAGAGGCUCAACUGUGCAAGCCACGUUCUUCUAAUGCACUUCCAUACAGUGGAUUUCGUAUAUACCGCCGGUACUCCUUUGGGUGGCCCACCCUGCACCACUACUUAUUUAUUCACUGCACCUACGGUCGUAUGGAUCAUUCUCUCUACAUAGCUACCUCGCGAAAUGGUAAUUUUAAUUGGAAUGAAAUGCUAUGCAUCAACUACGAUAUGUGCUAUCGAGCCAUUCGGCGAAAAGAGUAUGCAAACCGUCAAAUGCCGCUCUAUCUGAACAACGUUAUGAUAGGCGGCUUAUUCAAGUGUAACAGCGACGACUGCAUUGAUAGGGUCACUCCAAUCCUGCCCCUACUGGCUGACAACCCUUCAGCACCGAUUGCCAUACGAGAAGGUACUCGUAGGGUCAAAUAUGUGCCCCUUGCCUACACCCCGGACUUUCUUAAUGUACAAUACCCGCGCGUGGUGCCAAUGGACGGGAUUCCGAACUGGUCCCGCAAGCUGUCAAUCACCGAAGACUAUCACUUUACUCGGGCAGAUAAAGCAAAACACUGGUAUCUUGCAAACCGCGUAAUCAACAAGAUUCACGGCAAGCUCGUCCAAGUGGACGAUACAUAUUACCCGUGGGAAUUUGAUUUUGCCAGUAAACAAAUGGCUAAAGGUUUGUAA